AUGGCCCUGGCAGCAUAUCGUCACGUCCUUCGAUCCACCCAGGUUGCAUUUCAGGGCGAUCUCCGGACACUCUCGGCCGCCCGUGUCGAAGCGCGCUCGAAGUUCGAUCAGAAUCGCUUCCUCUCCCCUUCCAGCACCGAGGCUGAGCAAAAGGUGCUCGAAGCGAAGGAGGUAGCGCGUAUAUUGAGGCAGAAUGUUGUGCAGGGAGAACAGGUCACGGGGUCUAAACUUCAGGAGCAAAGAUACCGUGCGUAA